GCUUCGGGUCCUGCUCCCACUGCCCUCACCCUUUGGGAAGAUGAAGGUCUCUGCAGUCAUUUUUGUUCUUGUCAUUGCAGCCUCUUGCUCCCAAACUUUCUCUGGCCCAGUUGGAUCUGACCUCCCAAUCUGCUGCUUCUCUUACACACACCACAAGCUCCCGCAGAAGCUCAUCCUGCGUUAUUACAGCACCAGCACCAGCUGCACGCUGCCGGCCAUUGUGUUCAUCACAAAGAAGGGCCGCCAGGUCUGUGCCAAUCCCAGUGACACCUGGGUCCAAAGUUACCUGCAAAAGCUGAAGCAGAACUGAGCAAAGCAAGAUGGCAAAUGUAGCUGCUAUCGUGCAUGAGUCGUGUGAUUCUGAGCUCCUGUGACGGAGCAGGACCCUGGGGCAACAGGAGCUGCACGAGCCCACGUCAUCUGCAGGUGGCUCCAAGGGGCUGCUGGAAGGCACCACGGGACACCUCGUGUUGGGGUGCUGCUACUUGGCCUUGGCUUGCACGGACCAGUCUGCAACCUCAUCCCUCUGCCUGACCCCUCCGCCUGUGGCCUGGGAAGGCUCAUGGGACUGCACCUCUAUUGUUCUUAUAUUAUUUUUAAAUUUCCUUGAAAAUUUCAGGAAUUAUCAUAUAGGAUAUGCAGUACUUUGUU